ACAGCAGUCUCUGCCUAGCGGUUUAUGUUCUCUGUACUGCUGUUUCCGACUCCUGAUACAGUGAAACAGAAGCCAGGUAACUAACAGACCUGCAGGAAAAGCUGCUGCGCUGUUUCAAGAGUCAGAGAACAGAAAAGUAAAGCUUAUUGGGAAGCUGCUGAGUGAAAGGAACCGGCCGGCUUAACCUCCCCUUCUGCUCAGCCGGUCAGUAAGCUCAGCUGGCAAGCCCAGAGCACCCCAGGCAUGUUCUGGGCAGGAAAUAAAAUUGCUUUGGGUUUGUGAGUGUGGCUCCUCCCUGCUACGGGUGGCUCUGCCUCUGGGUUGGGGCAGCAUUUUAGCUAUAUCAUGGUGUGAGCACUAUUGGGCAGGGAGACUGCAGCGUUCAGUAAACUGACAGACCGGGUGCUGGUACCAGGAAGUUUCCAUAAACUGCAAGAUCCACGGCAACAGAUUAACCCAUGAGCAGUCUCCCUGGGACAGUUACCUACGCAGAUCUGCCUGGGAACCUCCCUAGCACACAGGGCAUUGUCUGUCACUGAUGGAGGACAAAGAUCAUAGCGAGACUAUGGGAAACAAGCAGCCAUAUUUUACCUUUGGGGUUAUAGCAGAUGUCCAAUAUGCCGACCGCCCGACUGCGCCCAAUUGCUGGGGGUCACUGCGAUAUUACCGAGACAGCCUCACCCACUUCCAUCAUGCGGUGGCAGAGUGGAGCUCCCAGGCUACUGUGCCUAAUUUUGUGCUACAACUUGGGGAUAUCAUCGACAGCUCCAACAAAAGACUGCAGGAGUCGGAAAACGCCCUAGAGAAGGUUUUACAAGUGACAGAAGGUAUGAAGGGCCGCUGGCACCAUGUCUGGGGCAACCACGAGCUCUACAACUUCAAACGCAGCUAUUUGGUACAAUCCAAGCUGAACACUCGCCCGAUGGAAGAUCCCAUCCCUGACAUAGAACGGGGGGAGGCCGCAGAUUACUAUGCCUAUCACUUCAGCCCGUACCCCAGAUUCCGCUUUGUUGUAAUAGACACUUAUGAUCUAAGUUCCCUGGGCAGGGACAUGAACCAUCCCAACUACCAAGCGUCCAUUGCCUUUGUGACCCAAAGCUGUUCUCCUGAGGAGCCUGGGGACAGCAAAGCCCGCAAGCAUGAGCGGCAAUUAGUGAACUUUAAUGGAGGAGUAGGCAAAGAGCAGCUGUCCUGGUUACACAAGAUCCUUACCUAUGCAGACGAGCAGGAGGAAAAGGUGGUCAUUGCUAGUCACGUGCCCAUUCAUCCUAAUGCCCAAGUUACCAACUGCCUGGCAUGGAAUUACAGCGAGAUCCUUGAUGUCCUCCAUCGCCAUUCCUGUGUCGUGUCCUAUAUCGCAGGUCACGAGCACCAUGGGGCCUACUGCCAGGACUCCCACGGGAUCCACCACAUAACAAUGGAGGGCGUUAUUGAGUCACCCCCAAACACUAAUGCCUUCGCCACAGUUCACAUGUACAAGAACAAGAUGGUGUUGCAUGGGAGAGGCAGAGUCAAAAGUAGGGAAAUGAGCUUUGUUCAGAAUGGACAAUGAAUUGUACCCAUCUAAAUAUAGAAGGAAUUUACGGUUAAUUUAUAAAAAAUUCCCCUUCUACUUCCUGCUUCCUACUUUCCC